AUGUUUUGGUUGUUCGUUGCUGUUUUAUUCGGGCUACAUGAUGUUGGACACACAGCCCCUUUGACGACUAAGACGAGCUUCACAGUGGACUUGGGCUACACCAUCCAAGAAGGCCUACUCGAGACCAGUCACGGAAAUGCUCGCUAUAUCAACUUUACGAACGUACGUUAUGCAGCUCCGCCGACUGGUUUGAACCGAUUCAAACCUCCAGCACCACCUGGGAAAAACCGGACCACUCAGAUAGCAGGACUUUACGGAAUUGAGUGCCCCCAAGCCCAGCCUGGAUGGUUCAACUACAUAGGAUCGGAUGUUGGAAACCAGACGGAGAUGCCUUCUUUCACGAAGGAUGACGUCUACCCGCCUCGGCCGGGUUCAAGCGAAGACUGCCUUUUUUUGGACAUUCUUGUUCCAGAAAACGUCUUCAAGCAGAGAAAUACUGCUAAAGUACCAGUUCUUCUAUUCAUCCACGGAGGUGGCUACGUACAGGGCUCGAAGACGGAGUACGGAUCUGGUGUCGGAUUGUUGAAUGCCGCAGCACGAAACGACCAGGAACUCAUCUAUGUGUCUGUCAACUACCGUCUAGGCCUAUUCGGCUUUCUUGCUAGCUCUGACUCACGCAUUUCUCCAAAUCUCGGACUCCAGGACCAGGUAUUCGCGAUGGAAUAUAUCCAAAAUUACAUUCACCUAUUUGGUGGAAACAAAAGUGCUGUCACUGUUAUGGGAGAGUCGGCGGGAGCAGGAUCCAUUCUUUACCAUCUGACCUCACUGGAGGUUUCAUCUCUUUCAUUAUUUCAAAAAGCCAUCUUACAGAGCCCUUACACUUACUUCAUUCCAAAAGUUCAGGAAGAAGGAACACUCCACCAGGUUUUACGAGCCUCUAAUGUUUCUUCGUUGCUUGAACUUCAGUCUCUUCCCACGGAGACCCUGCAGACUGUCAAUAGCAUUGUUGUGGGCAACUCUCGGCCUUAUGGCACGUUUGGGUUCGGCCCGGUGUUAGAUAACGAUCGCUACACAGAAUAUCCUCCAUUUCUUUUGCGUCGAGGACAAUUCGACUACUCGAUACAAGUAAUGGGGGGCCAUAACUCGAAUGAAGGCCUCUUGUUUGCGUCCCCUUUCAUAAAAAACGACAGCCAAUUUCACUCGAACAUCGCUCUCCUGUUUCCUCAAGCACCUGGAUCUGCACUCUCUGUCAUUGAGCAAACUCUGUACCCAGCCAACUUUGAUGGCUCAUUCGGCUACGUGAACCAACUGAGCCGCAUAGCACGUGUAGUCGCAGACGCCACCAUUACGUGUAACAACUAUCUUAUAAGCAAGUUAUUUGAACCCCUGAAGGAUAGCUUUGCUUAUCAAUUCUCUGUACCACCAGCAUGGCACGCCAAUGACCUGGAAUACACGUUCAUGGACCCUAGCAACCCAGGAGCCGGAUUGAACGUCACUUUGGCCAUCAUUAUGCAACGUUACUUUGCGAGUUUUGCUACAUCAGGGUCUCCUAAUCCAGUUAGUGGUGGCUUCAUUCCUAAUUUCGCGUCCAAUGAAGGGUUGAUUGUGCAAAAUUUCAAUAGCACCUUCGUUGGGCCGGUUCUAGAUACUGCUGUCAAUGGGUCGAAGUGCGACUGGUGGCAAGAAGGAAACUUUAUGUAG